GGGCAGGAGGCAAACGGCACAAGGGACAGCGAUUUACUGCCUUUCAGCAGAUAAAACACCCAGAGCUUUAUAAAUAGCAACAAAGCACUCACCUCAGGGGUCACUUAUUCAAGGGAAGCGUGUGAUGCUCAUUUACACGCACACAUCGAGAGACUUCGGGCAGCUCCUGCAUGGACAAGCACAUUCCCUGCGGCUGAUUUGGGGACUUAAGACUUUCCCUCCGCAGUUCCGAGUCCUUCGGAGCCCAUUUACCUCUGGCUGCAGCCGCAAGGAAAACGGAAGAGAUGUCGGGAGAGAGCGUGGUGAGCUCAGCAGUGCCGGCGGCCGCGACGCGCACGACGUCCUUCAAGGGGAGCAGCCCCAGCUCCAAGUACGUGAAGCUGAACGUGGGAGGGGCCCUGUACUACACCACCAUGCAGACCCUGACCAAGCAGGACACCAUGCUCAAGGCCAUGUUCAGCGGGCGCAUGGAAGUGCUCACGGACAGCGAAGGCUGGAUCCUGAUUGACCGCUGUGGGAAGCACUUUGGGACAAUCCUGAACUACCUGCGGGACGGGGCCGUGCCGCUCCCGGAGAGCCGCCGGGAGAUCGAGGAGCUGCUGGCCGAGGCCAAGUACUACCUGGUGCAGGGGCUGGUGGAUGAAUGCCAGGCAGCCCUGCAGAACAAGGACGCGUACGAGCCCUUCUGCAAGGUCCCGGUGAUCACCUCUUCCAAGGAGGAGCAGAAGCUGAUUGCAACCUCCAACAAGCCAGCAGUGAAGCUGCUCUAUAACAGAAGCAACAACAAAUAUUCCUACACCAGCAACUCCGAUGAUAACAUGCUGAAGAACAUCGAGCUCUUUGACAAGCUGUCCCUGAGGUUCAACGGGAGGGUGCUGUUCAUCAAGGAUGUCAUUGGGGAUGAGAUCUGCUGCUGGUCCUUCUACGGGCAGGGCCGCAAGAUCGCCGAGGUCUGCUGCACCUCCAUCGUUUAUGCCACCGAGAAGAAACAGACCAAGGUGGAGUUCCCAGAAGCCCGAAUUUACGAGGAGACCCUGAACAUUCUUCUGUACGAAUCCCAGGAUGGGAGGGGGCCGGACAAUGCCCUCCUGGAAGCCACAGGAGGGGCUGCAGGGCGCUCCCACCACCUGGAGGAGGACGAGGAGCGGGAGCGCAUCGAGCGCGUGCGGAGGAUCCACAUCAAGCGCCCGGAUGACAGGGCCCACCUGCACCAGUGAGCCUGGGGACCCCCACAGCUCUGGGCAAGGGGCUGCCCUGCAGCAGGAUCAGGCAGUGCAACUCCUGUCCAGCACAGUCUGUAAAUUGGGAUUUGUAACAAACUCUAGGUUAUUUGGGGUAUUUAAAUGCGGUAGUUGUAGGGCGAGGGUCAAUGAGGUUACUGGGCAGCCUGGAAGGGCCUGUUGAGCAGCUGGAGAAAUGCCCAGAAUUUUUAGCACUCUUGUCGUUGCUGUUUUGUGCUGGAGAGAAGGAGGAUGGCUUCCUGUGGCUUUGGUAAUGAUCCUGCACUUUAAAACCAAAUCAACAAACAAAAGGUCAGCCAGCCACCCUCCUUCCCUCCAGGCACUCCCUGACCCUCCUGGGCUGGGGGGGAAGGCAGGGACCUGGACCCAGGGCUGCUGCACAGCUCCCUGGCUCCUGGGAGAGAGCUUGGGGGUGUCUUGGGUGACUCCCCAAAGAAAAAUGGCACAGGCUGAUGAGAUUCCUGGAGUUCUGGGGGCAGAGGGAUUCCUCAGAGCAGUGGGAGGGAGCAGGGGCUGCUCCCUCAGGUUCCCCGCAGCUCUCAGGAUCUGUUCCUCCAAGGGUUCAGUGGAGCUUCUGCAGCGCUGAGCUGGGGACACCCAUCCCUGUUUUAUCCCUACAGUUCAAGGUUAAAAUUCCUCCCAAAGGAGGAGAAUCAGGAGCAAAUUGUCCAUGGUUGCUUUCCCUAAGAGUGGUGUUGGUACUGGUCAGUGCUUAGAGCUUCUGCCUGAGCCUGGAUCUCAGCUGGGGGGUUGGUUUCCAGCAGCUCCCAGGUACCAGGAGUCACAGCAGGUUCAGUCCCCCCAUGUUGGGGGGUGCUGGUGGGGGGCAGCAGCCCUGUUUCCCUUCUGGAGCUGAUCCAGGAGAGUUGCCUUGUUCUGAGUGAGGGGAAACAGAAGCAGGCAGUGACCCAGAGGCAGAUAUUCCCUGUUUGACUUCAUCCUGAGGCUGUUGCAAGUCCUCCCAGCCAUGGCAGCUGUGUGUGGAAGGGCAGAGCAUGGAGAAGGUCACUGCACUGUGGUUUUUUACGAGUGCUUUUCUCUUGUCAAUGAAUAUUUUAUCUACCUCCUUGUCUCUUGUUGCCUGUUGUGGAGUCAAGUGACAGCAGUGGUGGGAGGUGGGGUGUCAUUCCAUAGGGCUGGCAGCAGAGCUACAGCUGUGACAGUUCAGGUCACCAGUCCUGGGAGGCAGAGAAACCUGAGGUAGGAAGUGUUAAACUUGUACUGCAGCAGCACCCGUGGGUGACACCAGAGCACUCUGCCCUGGGCUAGAGUUUCUUUUGACCCUUUCUCUGGAAUAUUUAGCCCUGGCUUUAAUAGCCAUGCUCUGUGUUCCUGCUCCUGCCUCAGGGCUGCUAAGGACAUGGGAACAGUGUAAAAACCAAAGGUGCUGCAGCAGCACCAGCCACGUUCUUCUGUUCCACAGAGCUCCUUGGUAGAGGCUGAAACACACCAGGAAGUGGCUGUACAGUUUUGGAUCAUCAAUUAAAGCUCAAAGAUUUCCAAUUUAAUCUGAGGCCAUUUUUCUAGUAACCAAAGACUUCUCCACGUUGCAGGCAGCUGCUGGCUGUGGCAGGUGGGGUUGUUGUACCUGUCUCCUCUUUCUCCUGCAGCUCUUGAUUGUUCACUGAGAGCUCCACAGUCUCCUUGGGGUUCAGCAGCUUCAGCUCUGUCCUGACACCUCAGGGCUUCCAGUUUUUUACUUAAACCUGUUUGCAGCACCCUGUAGGGCUGGAGCAGUGCAGAGGGGGAAGGAGCCAGUGCCUCUCCCCUCAGGGCUGGGAUGAGCUGAGGGUGAGCCAGAAAAGUCCUGGAUUGCUGUUUCUCCAGCACUGUGUGCUUUGACACUUGCUGGUGAUUGCUGGGCUGUUUCUGGGCAUCUCAGCAUCUGGAGCAGCCCUGCUGCCCUUGGGGGUGGAGCUGUGUCUCAGCAGAGGGUGACCAGGGACCAGUCCUGCAGCAAGCCCUGCUCCUUCCAGCUGGGAGCUGCACUCCAGCAGGCUCCAACACAGCUCAGCUGUGCUGACCUGCAGACCCCAGACCAAAUCCAGUCCUGUGGGGCAGAGCAGCUUCAGCCCCAGGAGGUGACAGCAGUACUAAGCACCUGACAGGUCACAGCUACGUGAUUAACUUUUUUGUAAAUAGAUCCUUAACUGGCUUCAGGCUUUUCCCUUUCAGGUUAUGCAAACUAAGUUCUUAAAAACCAGGGGAGGGCUGUUUUUAAUCUUUGUACAGUGCUUUGUACAGCUGUUGGUUUAGCAAAGUCACUCCAGGAGGGUUAAAAGUUUCAAUUUCAGUUUUGUUACUGCAUUUGUGGGCAGACUCUGCCUUAACUCACUCCUGAGCUCACCCUCGGGGUGCUGGAGUGCUGCAGCCAAGCUGUGCUGUCCUGGGGCCUGUCCUUUACCUGCUGCCCCUGUCCUUGCUCUGGCACACCCUGGCCAUGCCCUUGCACAAAUGCUCUCAGCCCUGAGCCUCGUUACCCUAAGUGGUUUUAUUCUGAGCUCUCAGGUGCAGCUGGGGCUCAGGGCAGGUGUCCUGGGCACAAGCAGCUCUUCAGAUUAUCCUUCCCUGCCUCCCAUGCCAGCGAGAGCAGAGCUGGCUGCUUCCAUCCUCCAGCACCAGCAGUGACAGCACAGCCCAGGGGAGCUGAGGAACGUCCCCUGGGGAAGGGAUUUUGUCCCCUCCCAGCUCCUGACAUGGGUGGGGCUGCACGAGGAGGGGACAGGGACCAGCCCUGGUGCCCCCUUCCCACCUCUCUCCCUGUAGCACCAAAGCAGCUGCUCCUGCAUUUCCCCAAGGCAGGUUGGGAUCCCCUGAGCAGCACCUGGGCAAGGCUCCAAGCUCCCACCCUACCUUAGAGCAAAGCAUAGGUAGAACCUUUCAGUCUUCAUGGAAUUGUUUCAUGGACAACAGCAAAUUCCUGUUCUGUACAAUCAUUCCCACCCGUCCAGACUUCUGCACAGAACAAGCUUCAGCUGGAUUUCAGUGUAUGGUUGAUGUUUGCAAUAUGUACUUUUGUUUUUGUUUUUGUUUUUUUUAAUAUAACACAAUAAAUUAGAAGAUAUUUCAUAUUUA